UCUCAUAUAAACAGAAUACAAAUUCAAUACGAAUGAGAAAGCCAAUGGCGCAUAUACAUCUCCCACAUGCUCACUAAAUGCUACCAACAGGGCAAGAUUCCACUUGUCUCUUAGCCAGUCUUUAUAUAAGAGAAGCCGCGGGGAUGUUCAUCAUCAAAACCACGACAUUUCAUUUCUGCAAGGCAAGAAAGACAGUGAGAAAUGGCAACAUCAUCCUCAAACUCUUUCCACGCAAGGUCCAUCAGCUUGCCCACAAGUUCAAACCCCAUCUUGCGCCGAGUGGAAGAAUGCCUUGAGGCUGCAAAAGAAUGGCAGGCCAAGCCACACAGCUUGACAAGCACCGGACUUGGCCACCUUAAGGACCUCUUCUGCUGCAUUGAUGGCUUCCUGCAAAUGGCUCACACACAGCAAGCUCUCUGUAGAAAGGACACCUUUGUUACCCAACUGAUGGAUGACUUUCUGAGAUUGCUUGAUGUGUGUGGGAUGGUGAAGGAUUCAGUGCAGCGUAUGAGAGAGGAGCAGCAAGCCCUUCAGUCGAUGUUCCGCAGAAGGGAUCAGAAUCUUGAUGUCGGCAUCGGUAGAUACCAAUGCAUGAGGAAGAGCAUGAGGAAGGACAUGAUCAAAUGCCUGCAGCUGUUGAAAACCAUGGAAGCUGAUGGGUCGUCCACAAAUGAUAGCAAGGUUGAAAAAAUCCUGAGAGAUGUCCGAGCUAAUACAGUAGCCACGUUCGAGCAGCUUGCAUCAAUAAUCUCUGCUCGCAACUCCCUAGGGUCGAUCUUCUCGAAGUUAAGAUGUUCAAAGAAACAUGAUGGUGGCGGUGCUGAAGGGAAGACCAACGAAAUUGAGAGGUUGGAUGUGAUUAUGUUUGCUCUGUGUGGCCAUCCGAACAAAGAAUUAGCAGAGGACAGCGUUCAAUACGUGAAAAGGCUAAUGGAAAAUUUGGAGUCGUGCUUGACGGGGGUCGAAGAUGAGUUGGAGGGAGUGUUUAGGAGCUUGAUCACUGCAAGAGCCGCCCUCCUCAACUUCUUAACAUGCUGUUAGGAUAAAUCUCAUUUUGAGUCCCUCAAGGGUCACCAUUUUGAAGGAUGUAUCGAAUGUUGAAAUUGUCUUCAUGUACAUAUCCGUACAACAUAAAAUUUGUAAAUUAGUAAAAAGAUCUAUCUUACUCGAAGAUUGCUGUUUA